AUAUACAAAAAAAAAAAACUCUCGGUUUCGUAAAUUUUAGUUUCCACGUCGACGGCGCCUGGCACGGUGUGUUUAUAUUACAAUAUUUACGAUUCAUAAAAUUAAACUAUAAGUGUACUAUCAUAUUAUACACCGAAGCGAAUUGCGCUAUUAAAUUUUUUUUUUAACCGAAAAAAUUUGCCACGACCGUCGUCGUCAUGAAAAAAUGUCCCGGAUAUAUGGACCGGAAGGUGUUCGAAUUCGGAAUGGAAGACGCGGGCCCGGGACCGGCGGCCUACGGGACCCGGACGACUGUGGGCCGGUUGAACCGAUUGCCCACCGUGGCCGACGCGCCGUCCAGCUCGAUGCACAAGAGGCUGGACCUGAGCGACGAGACCGACGGGCCAGGGCCGCUCGUGUACAAUCUGGCGAGGCUGACGUGCCGCGGCCGGGCUCUCGCGCCUCAGUACAGCAUGGCCAAGAAACUGCCCGUGGACGGCGACUUGGACAAUCCGGGACCGGCGGCUUACAAGCCCAGAGUGCCGGUCAACGGGCCCGUACCCAAGAUGCUGUUCCCGAUAAUCGAUCCUGAUCCCAGAGCCGCCAACCCCGGGUCAAACGUUUACAAGUUGCCGUCGACGUUGUCGAGCAAAAAAAUUACGCUGGCCAAGAAAAUCGACGACCUCGUAGACAUCAAAUCGCCAGGACCGGUAUAUCAAACGGUGCCUCUGAACAAAUACAAAAGUAAAGCGCCCCAAUACAGCCUGGCAAAGAAAUUCGAAGACCCUGUGUUGACUAACGAGAUCAAGGGUCAAUCGCCAAGCCCGCAGGCAUACAAUCCCACGCUCAAAUACAAGUACAAAGUUAUGCCGAAGUUUUCGUUUGGGAUGCGCCGUCCCGAUAAAUUUCCACCAUUAGUGGUGUGCGGCGAUGAAGUGAAAAUAACGAAAUAAAUGGUUUUUAACUAUAUUUUAUCUAAC